CUAAAGAAAACCAAUGGUACUCUUAGUACAAAAACUAGCUCGUCCCUUCAAAUUCCCUUCCAGGCUGGAGAAUCGCCACCGGAGCUCCGGCGACCCGUUACGCGAUUUCCGAUCGAAAAUCUCCGGUUUCAUCACCCAAACAUGGACGAAACCCGAGUCAGGACGACCGGAGAAGUUUCUCUCCCGGACCGGGUUCGAUAAAUGUUUCGAGCUGGUUCAGAUCACCAACAGGGCUUUCGCGAAGCUGGUGGUGGAAAUCGACCACCCCAUGAGCCGGUGGAGCGGCAAACUGACGGAGCGUUACCUCAGCCACACGUUAAUCUCCCUGGACAUUCUAAACGCCGUCAGCUCUUCCGUUUCCCAUCUCAACCAGGCCAGGAUUUCCGUUUCCCACGCCGUGAGUUCGUCCGCUAACCACCUGAAGAAGAUCGCCGGAGAAAACCAAUGCAAGAACUUCAAACCCAAAUCGACAUCAUCAUCAUCAUCAAUCAGGUUUCAAUCAAGGCCUGGUUCCGACAAGCAAGAAAGUGCCGUUUUUCAGGCCCUGGUUUUGUCCGAGAAAAUCGGGUUUAUGGCGCUCGGUUUCGUCUUAUCGGGUUUUUGCGGCGAUGCGAAAACGUACAUGGAAAUCAGGAAACUCGCCGGAGGAUACGAUGAUUCCCUGAUAAAAGACCUGGAUUUGACAUUCUGCCAAGAAAUCCAGGGAAAUACAAUAGUUAUGGAAGAGGUGAGACAAGUAAACAGGGCUAUCGAAGAAUUUUCGGUGGAGGAAUUGAAGAUUCGAUUAAACGAGAUGGAAAAUUUAAUCGAGAGCGUCGAAAAGCAAACGAAUCAUUUGUUUUCGGAAAUUUUAGCUGCGAGGAAUAAGUUGCUAGACAAUCUUAGGUUCUGAUUUAGUAGUUUUGUUGUACAUAAGUAGUAUAAAAAUGUAACAUAUUUGUAAAUAGAUUAUGCUUGUGUAAAUAUAGUGAAUGAUUUAUCAAUUUUCAUGGGUGUAAAUUGCUAAUAAAUUACAGUUAAAUUCUAUUAAUGAAGCUACAUAAUUUUUAGC